AUGUCUGUCAGUCAGUAGUUUAGUACGUACCUAUUCUCUUUGGUCACUUCAGUCACCCACACAUUUUUAAUGGCGGAGAUUGUUGUUUUUGAGAAUUCCGGUAACAUGAUAAUUCAUUAGGCCCAGUUUAAAGGGGAAAGUAUGCUCAUCGUUUUUUUAUUUGCUUAUUGACUAAAAUUUCUAUCGUGGUGUAGUACGUACCGUCAACUAUGAAGAUUGCGAACGUCGCUUUGUCGUUAGACUUAUUGAAUUAGUAAAGUUCGGUGGUGUGCGGCUCGGGUCCUUGUCGGACGGAAGAUUGUAGAGGGUUGCCGGCGGAGGAGCACGUGCGAUGGGGGCGCAGCAGGCCAAGGAGCGCGGCACGGCGAGCGGCGCGUCCAUGCGCUCGGCCCGCGCCAAGCCGCGGAUGCCGAAGGACCCCCGCAUGCUCGGCUCCAACAUAUUCACAGAACACAGCGAGGCGUUGCUCCAGAGCCGGCCGCUGCCGCACAUCCCGGACAUCCCGGACGGCGAAGGGCCCCCCGCAGCCGCGCCCGCUCCCGCGCCCCCCACACCGCAACCUCUCGACUCCGCCAACAGAUGGACGUCGAAGGAGAACUUGCUGGCGCAUCAUGAGGAGGACGAUCCGCAGCUGUUCGUGGCGCUGUACGACUUCCAGGCGGGCGGCGAGAACCAGCUCAGCCUCAAGAAAGGCGAACAAGUGCGGAUAAUGAGCUACAACAAAAGCGGCGAGUGGUGCGAGGCCCACACCCUGGGCGGCGGCGUGGGCUGGGUGCCCUCCAACUAUGUGACGCCCGUCAACUCCCUGGAAAAGCACAGCUGGUACCACGGGCCCAUCUCGCGCAACGCCGCCGAGUAUCUGCUCAGCUCGGGCAUCAACGGCAGCUUUCUGGUGAGGGAGUCCGAGUCCAGCCCCGGGCAGCGCAGCAUCUCCUUGCGGUUCGAGGGCCGCGUCUACCACUACCGCAUCAACGAGGACGCUGAUGGAAAGGUGUACGUGACGUCGGAGUCCAUGUUCGGCACCCUGGCGGAGCUGGUGCACCACCACUCGAUGCUGGGCGACGGGCUCAUCACGCAGCUGCUGUACCCCGCGCCCAAGCGGAACAAGCCCACGGUGUUCCCGCUGGCGCCGCCCGACCACUGGGAGAUCGACCGGACGGACAUCGUCAUGAAGCACAAGCUGGGCGGAGGCCAGUACGGGGACGUCUAUGAGGCCGUCUGGAAGAGGUGCAACACUACGGUGGCGGUAAAAACGCUGAAAGACGACACGAUGGCGCUGAAGGAUUUCCUGGAGGAGGCCGCCAUAAUGAAGGAGAUGCGUCACCGCAACCUCGUGCAGCUGCUGGGCGUGUGCACGCGCGAGCCGCCCUUCUACAUCAUCACGGAGUUCAUGUCGCGCGGCAACCUGCUGGACUACCUGCGCGCCAGUGCGCACGCGCAGCCGCCCGACGCCGUCGUGCUCAUGUACAUGGCCACACAGAUCGCCUCCGGCAUGAGCUACCUCGAGAGCCGGUCCUUCAUACACAGGGACCUGGCGGCGCGCAACUGCCUCGUGGGCGAGAACCACCUGGUGAAAGUGGCGGACUUCGGGUUGGCGCGGCUGAUGCGCGACGACACGUACACGGCGCACGCGGGCGCCAAGUUCCCCAUCAAGUGGACGGCGCCCGAGGGGCUCGCCUACAACACCUUCAGCACCAAGUCCGACGUCUGGGCCUUCGGCAUCCUGCUCUGGGAGAUCGCCACCUACGGCAUGAGCCCCUACCCCGGCGUCGACUUGGCCGACGUCUACCACAUGCUCGAGAAGGGUUACCGCAUGGAGUGCCCGCCCGGCUGCCCGGCGCCGGUGUACGAGCUGAUGCGCGGCUGCUGGCAGUGGGCGGCGCAGGACCGACCCAGCUUCCGCGAGAUACACCACGCGCUCGAACACAUGUUCCAAGACAACUCCAUCACCGAAGAAGUGGAGAAGCAGUUGCUGGAGACGGGGGGCGGCGGGGGCACGCCGCAGAUGUCGCUGAAGAAGGGCGGGGCGGCGAGCGUCGCGGCGAGCGGCGAGCGCGGCGUGCAGAUGCGGCGGCCCACCAACCGCCGCGGCAAGCAGGCGCCCACGCCGCCCAAGAGGACCAGCCUCCUGUCGUCGUGCAGCUCGUUCCGCGAGUCGCAGUACGCGCCCGACAAGCACGCGCACGACGACGCACUCGCCUCGCUCAAUGGGGGCGCGCGGGGCGCGUCGCCGGAGGGGUCGGUGGCGGACACGGACGAGUCGGGGUCGCGCGAGCGCCGCAGCAAGCGCCGCUCGCCGCGCGCGCCCGUCACCGUCGCCGCGCUCGAGGUGCAGAACGUGAAGCGCGCUAUCAACAGAUAUGGCACGCUGCCCAAGGGCGCGCGCAUCGGCGCGUACUUGGAGUCCCUGCGACAGACCGGCGGCGCGGCGAGCGGCGCAGCGAGCGUUACGGCGAGCGUUGCGGCGAGCGGGGCGGUGGUGGAGGAGGCGCGGUCGCUGUCGCCGCGCACCGCGCGCGCCGCCCCGCACAUGAUCCGCUCCAACUCGUCGGGCGGCGUGACGGCCCCCGCGCCCGCCUCCCCGCGCGCCGCCCGCGCCCCCCUGCGCUCCUUCACCAGCCCCGCCAAGCCGCGCCCGCGCCUCGCCGACCUGGAGUUCCCGCCGCCCCCGCCCGACUUGCCGCCGCCCCCCGAGGACCCUCAUCCACCGCCUCCUCCGCCGCCCGACUCCAACUCACCUACUGAGGAGCGCGGUUCGGCCGAGCUGCUGGCGAAGCAGUCCAUGAAGGAGAUGCUGGAGCUGAAGCUGGUCGCGGAGAUCAAGGAGCGCGCCGACAAAAAGAAGCAGCAGCUGGAGAGUCCCCCCGCGCCGCGCGCCUCCCCGCCGCCCCCUGCGUCGCCGCCGGCCCCCGCCGCCGCCCCCGCGCCCGACGACCCCGCCACCAGGCUUGUCUGCGAACUCUCCGCCAUCAACAUGGAGCGCCGGAAUAACCACGAAAAAAGCGAGUCGUCGGCGAGCGAGCUGAAGGCGGGGCUGCGGCGGACGCCGGCGGGCGCCGAGCGCAGGCUCUGCGACGCCGCGCCCGACUUCAAAGCGCAGCUCAAGAAGGUGGAGACGAACAAGAAGGGCGGGCGCAAGGAGAGCGAGAGCAGCGCGCGGCCCAUCAUCGACCUGAAGUCGCGGCUGCGGAGGGUGGACGGCGCGCCCCAAGCCGGGGACCAGAGUUCACCGGAAGACAGUAAGAAGAGCGACGAGGGCGACAACGGCAGUGCCGGUGUGCGGGUGGAGGCGGGGGGCGAGGAGGACAAGCGGCGCAGCACCGGCUCCAUCAGCAGCCUCAAGAAGCUGUGGGAGCGAGACGACGAUACCUCGCCCGAGGAGACCAGGAAUACAGGUGGCUCGUCGAUCGGGCGAAGCGGCAGUGUGAACUGUCGGCGGGAGGAGAAGCCGGCUGUGCCCAGCAAGCCGGCAGUCAAGAAUAAGCCCAAGGGCGGCAUCUACGCCACCCCCCGCCCCGACGACGACGACCCCCUCGCGCAAGUCCGGCAAGCGCUGCACUUCUGUACUAACGAGAUGCGUCGCAACGCGGGCGGUGCGAGCCUGGGGUCGCUGUGGCGGCUGCAGACGUCGGAGCGGCUGGCGGCGCUGGCGGCGCGCUGUGAGCAGGCGGCGGGCGGCGCGCGCACGGCGCCCGCGCUGCGGCUGCCGCUGCGCGCCGCGGCCGCGCGCCUCGCCGCCGAGGCGCGCGCGCUCGCCUCGCCCGCGCCCGCGCCUCGCCGCGACCUCGUCGAACAGGCGCUCACGCAGCUCGCCGACGUCGUCCUCAGGUAAGCGGCGAGCGAGAGCGCGGGACGAACUUACUGAUUAAUGUAUUAUUUAUUAAAUUACGAAUGGAUCAAUAGAGUUCUCUCUAACGUAUUUAUAUCGAUUACAAGCUAUUAGUGGUCGCGUCCACAGCGGACCAGACGGAACCAAAGAGUACCAGUAGACCGCGGCGGCGGCGGGCAGUACAACAACCCAGUACAACCUGCCUUCCGAUAUCAUUGUACAAGUAUUACGUAUUGUAUUAUGUAGUUAGGAGCCUUACCGCUGUUCGCGUAUUCCUCUUUGUAUGUAUAAAGACUGAUGUACGGAUUUCUGAGAUUGUUAGCGGCGCUCACAGGCCACGCUGCGCGCAGUACCAAGUGUUUACUUUCUGUGCCAAAUGUAAGAGAGCCGCGACCGUCGGCCGUUCCGGCCCGGCACGGCAACGCACGGUCCGGCCCGGUCCGGCACGGCCGGUCGACGUCGCGUUGCUUCGUGGCCGAGCUACAUGCGACUUUGUUAUUUUAAGUUAGUAUACUGUGAUACGGCUUGUAGAAUUGGUAUUUAAUCGAAACUGAUUUGCGGAACAGUCGCGGGCGACGCCUGCAUUUCGCCCCGAACUAUAGCCGGCGCCCGCGACUGCGUCCUUUUGAUAUUAUGCUCAAUUAUAUAUUUUUUUUUAUUUUGACAUUACUAUUGCAUUAACUGAAAAUUUAGGAUAUUCAAAUGAAGUGUAUCUAUACAUAUAUUUAGUGGAAUCGAGCUGUCAGAAUAUGUAACAUUUAUAUGAAAGUUAUUUAAGUAUAACACUGAUAUAUGCUAGUCUUUAUUAUUAUAAUAAACAUUACGUUUAAGAGUAAAUAUAUACGUAAGUUCUCUAAAAUAGAUUCGCGUACAAUCAUUCAACUACUUUAGCGAUCAUGGUAUCAUAAGCAUUUUUUACUCUUCGCUGGCGAGCGCCCGCGCAUGUCCCUGUAGUGUGUGCAGGGCCGCGGCCUAUGCUCCUUUAUAUUUAUACUGAGAUUCAAGUUCCUCAAUGUGGACCGUAGCGACGGACAAACAGCGUCUGCGCAUUGUUAUUGCGACUUAACACGUCCGUCGAUACGUUAGUCUACUUCUUCCGUACAAUUAUAAACAAUUUAUCUUCCUAUUGGCUUCCUUGUCGACGAAUAAGUUACGGUCGUUUACGUUACGUCUUAGAUGAGCUAAGAAGUAGUCGUGAAAUUUUCUGAAGUGUUGUGCUAUGCCAGCAAAUUGAUAUUACAAUGUAUAAGGGCAACACAAAUGGUUGCCUUUGGACCUACUACAGGAAUUGACCCUCACAAGGCACGGCUGCCGUGUUCUAAUCAAGCCCGGACCCAUCCCACUUGAGUCGACAUUCCUGACCUUUCCAAAACAUAUAUCAUAAGUAAUAGAUUCCAAAGACCACCAUGUCCGAUUGUAAUGGAAUAAAAUGUUUCUUUAUGA